AUUGUAAUUGUAGUCUCCUUGUUCUAUGAUCGUUCACUUUCGUUCGUGUAAACAAAUAAAUAUUGAGUUAAGAAUGAGACGAUAAUUAUUUUGUUUCUAAAAUAAAGUAGUGCUGUGUAAUUUUGUGGAGAGACGUAUUUGUACAAUGGCAGCUCAGAAUUUAUCACUUGCUAAACUCAAGGCGGAGGUCAGGCAGACAGAGGCCAACAAGACCCUGCAGAGGCACAGGAAGAAUGGCGAGCGCAUCGAGGUCCUGCGGAAGGACAUCAAGUCGCUAAGGAGCCUCAUGCAAGAGGUGGCUCAAGAGGGCCGCAAGGACCUGUCCGAGAAGCUGUGGGCCGACCCUCAACUGCGCACCACCACGCAGCACAUGCAGCCCGAGAAACUGCUCGAGAAGCUGGCUCAUAUGAACCUGAGGAAGAGUCAUGAGGUGGACCAGCUGAAGCACGAGAGGGAGAAAUGCCUGAACGCCAUCAAAGACAUGCAGAUGGAGAUGGCUAUAUCGGAGAAGGAGGUGGCAGUAGACACGAUGGGCUGUCUCUCUCGUUAUCUGGAGCAGUCCAUCGUCCUCAACAUCCACAACGCCACCAUGAAGAGGAAAGUCGCCAACUCUGUCAACGAAAUUUACAAAGCCAUCCAUGAUGUGUUGACCAAUGACACGGCGCGCCUGAGCAAGACGCUGGAGGACCUGUCGAGGCGGCACCACAUGCUGUGCCAGGACAUCCUGGAGGCGGCCGAGCUGAACGCCUAUCUGCGCGAGCACGUAGUGGGCCUGCGCGAGCGACAGAAGGUGCUGGAGGGUCAGGCGGUGGAAGCGCGCCAGCAGCGGGAGCAUGCCAUGGAGGAGAUGACGCAGAGAGUGUCGUCUGUGGAGGACAUGGCUCGCCAGUGCAUUGGCACCCGCAGCGCCCCCGAGAGCUAUGAAAAGCAGAAGCAGGAGCUGUUGCCCUUGCCGGAGUUCAUUAUUCUACUGGAGAAACUGGACCAGCUGGAGAAGGUGUUGGAAGAACUGAAGACGGAAACCAGACUCACCGAGUAUCAGGAUGUCUUCCUCAGGCUGGAGGACCCGUACCACAGCAAGUGUGAUGUGGACUACCAACCCGACGACCACCAGCAUGACAACGAGGCGUGGCUGUUCGCUACCAUCAACAACCUCAUGAAAGAGAUCAGCUCCGAGGAGGUGCCGGAGGCCGAGGCUCCAGCGGCAGUGUCCAUGGGCGCCGUCAUUGCAGAGCACAACCAGACGCUGGAACUUUUGCGGUCGCAGCUCACUGAUCUGUACAGCGUCCUGCAGGAGUGCCAGCCAUACACAGAGUUGGUGCUCCAGGAAGCAGAUCAAACAGUGAAGAUGCUUCUUGACGACCUGACCGCCUUUCAAUGACUCUCCUGCAGUGCCUUUCAAAAGCAUCUGUUCUCAAACCUGGGCAUCAUUGGCGUACAUUGUGUACUGUCAUACAUGUGUAGUAAAUUAAUAGUGGAAUAAAAAAUACUUUUUUUGGAA